AAAUUCUUUUCAGCAACAGGAGAGGUUACAGUUUAGCCUACAUAACCUUCAUGGGUGAAACAUAAUAUGUUUUUCGCUCUAAUUUCACCGUGUUGUGACAUUAAAGAAGUUGAAAAACUUCAGAGAACUUUAAUGCAUAAAUAAAAUGAACUGCAAAUUUCAUGGGCCAUUAUUGGCUCUUUGGUCCUUUAGGAAGAACUGUUUUCCUACCUCCAAAGUCAUUUCACAAAGAUAUCGGUUGAUUUGUAGCUAUGGGGAUUCUAAAAGUAAGCUAUGUGGACCUUUUGCUGGAGCAAGUGCAAGACAAGUAUUUAAUACUCUACUAUUCAGACAAGAUGGCUUUAAAUCAAAUGGUGUUCUUACAGUAGCUAAAGUUUUCUAUUGUUCCAAAAAGCCUUCUGAAUGUGAUGACCUUAAAAAAGAAAAUGAACCAACAAAGAAGAUGUCCAUUUUCCAAAAAUUUAAAGCUAUGUAUCGUGAUUACUGGUAUGUCUUAGUUCCUGUACACUUAGUAACCUCUGCAAUUUGGUUUGGUUCAUUCUACUACACGGCCAGAAGUGGAGUUGACAUUGCCUCAAUUGCAGAAAUGAUGCAUCUCAGUGAUAGCACUGUUGAAAAGAUUAGAGCAAAUAGCAAUACUCUGGCUGGUCAUCUUGCUGUUUCAUAUCUUUUGUAUAAAAUAUUUACACCUCUUCGGUAUACUGUGACUGUUGGAGGAACCACCAUAUCCAUCAACUAUCUAAAGAAGUGGGGUUAUAUCAAGCCAAUGCCAAAAAAAGAGGAAUUCAAAAAACUGUUGGAAGAAAAAAAAGUUUCUUUCCGAAAAAAAAGAGAUAAUUUUCGAGUAAAGAAAGACUUGAUGAAGAAAAAUGUGAUUGAAAAAUUUACUCAAAAGAAGCGGUCAAAAAAAGCAAAUGAGAUAAUCAUAAGAAAAGUCCUUCAAAACAAAAGGGUUACAAAAAAUGGAUGAAAUAUAACAGAGUUUUUCAGCUGUCUAUAGAUAGAAGCUGACAACUGUCUUGUACUGAAAUUGUAAAUAAAUGCAUGUCACAAAAAUUGUAUACAUGUUUGAUCCUCUGUCUGUUGACUUCUGUUAUCUUGGUAAGGAUUCAUAUUUUUAUUUGAACACAUAUUU